AUGGAGAGCGGCAAUGAGGGCCGCCUGGACGCCGCCGCCUUCCUCGGGGCCUGGCGGCGCUGCGACGGCGACGACAAUGGUUACAUAGAAGGGAAGGAGCUUGACAWUUUUUUUCAUCAUCUCCUGGAGAAACUGGGACCAGAAAGCACCAUCACAGAAGAAAAAGUUCAGAGGAUGAAGGAGCAAUUCAUGUCUGUCUACRAUGUCACCACAGAUGGACGCUUGCAAAUCCAGGAGCUUGCAAACAUGAUCUUGCCGGAUGACGAGAACUUCCUACUACUUUUCCGACGGGAAACUCCCUUGGACAACAGUGUGGAAUUCAUGCGGAUCUGGCGCAGUUAUGAUGCUGACAGCAGUGGAUUUAUUUCAGCUGGUGAACUCAAAGAUUUCCUGCGAGAUCUCUUUUUGAAGCAUAACAAGAUGGUUGCUGAAGUUAAGCUGGAAGAAUAUACUGAUACGAUGAUGAAAAUCUUUGACAAAAACAAAGAUGGACGGCUGGACCUGAAUGACCUGGCAAGGAUUCUGGCGCUCCAGGAAAAUUUCCUUCUACAAUUUAAAAUGGAUGCAUGCAGCACGGAAGAAAGGAGGAGAGAUUUUGAGAAGAUCUUUGCACACUAUGACGUUAGUAAAACAGGAGCRCUUGAAGGCCCAGAAGUGGAUGGGUUUGUCAAAGACAUGAUGGAACUUGUCAAGCCCAGCAUUAGUGGAGUGGACCUGGACAAGUUCCGCCAGAUCCUGCUCAACCACUGUGAUGUGAACAAGGACGGGAAAAUUCAGAAAUCUGAACUAGCUUUGUGUCUCGGGCUGAAAAUGAACCCAUAGCUGGGAAAGUGCUUGKGGUUGUGUUUCCCCAGAAAGAUUUGCCUGCUGCUCUUUUUUAGAAGUGUGUCUGUGCUGCUGUGUGAGGGGUGGRGAACUGAGGCACUGUGCUGCUGGGCUGGAGAGUGGGAUUUGCACMGGACCCUCCUUGCUCCACCAAUUCCUUUGUGGUGUUCACUUGCUGCUGCCCCUUGUGGGUCCCCCCAGCAAUGUCUCUGCCCAGCAGCAGAUAAGCUGCUCAGAAAAGAGGCUGCUGUUCUUCUGSGCUCAUGAAACACUGCCCUGCCUAUUCUCCUAGGAUAGGAACAAGCAUCUCCUCAAA